AUGGAAGGUUUUAGCAUGUUGCUACUGUGCCUUUCUCUCGUGAACAAUGUAGCAGUCUCUAUUGCAAGAGACACAAUUGAUAGAGUACAAUUUCUGAGCGAUAAUGGUGAGACCAUAGUUUCAGCUGAUGAAACCUUUGCACUAGGGUUUUUUAGCCCUGGAACUUCUAAGAAUAGGUAUGUCGGAAUUUGGUAUAACAAAGUUCCAAAACAGAGUAUCGUAUGGGUUGCCAACAGAAACAAGCCCUUAACAAACUUAUCGGGGGUCCUGAAGGUCAUCGACAACGGAAUCUUAGUUCUUCUUGAUCGUAACAACAAUAAUGUCAACAUCUGGUCCUCUAAUACAACUUCAUCAGCAACACAGGAUCCAAUUGCAAAGCUUCUGAAUUCAGGAAAUCUUGUAGUGCGUGAGAGAAGCAAAGGUGAUGAUGACAACAAAAAUUUUUUGUGGCAGAGUUUUGACUAUCCAUCCGAUACAAUGCUACCUGGACAAAAGCUAGGGAGAAAUUUGGUUACAGGUCUAAACCGGUACCUAAGAUCAUGGAACAACUCUAAUGAUCCAUCUUACGGUAGAUAUAGUUUACAACUUGAUAUAGAUGGAUGUCCACAGCUUAUGAUCCGAGACGGCGCAACCAAAAGCGUUCGCAUCGGAUCAUGGAACGGCGUUCAAUUUAGCGGACAAGCAGCGGUGGCUAAAAAAACCUCCAUAGUUAAAUAUAACUAUGUUUCCAACGAGGAAGAAGAAUAUGCUACUUAUGAGCUUAUCAACAGUGUAGCUCCUCAUAAAUUGGUGUUAGAAACCGAUGGAAUCUGCCGUCGGGCAACAUGGAGUAAUGAGGAAUCAUCUUGGAUCACCAUUUCAAAAAGCCUGGAGAUUCUUGCGACUACCACGCAACGUGUGGGUCUUAUUCUCGUUGUAAUAGCAAUAGUAACCCUAUGUGCGAUUGCUUGGAUGGAUUUAUACCAAGUAACGAGCAAGAUUCCUUAUGCAGCUUUAGAUAUAAGUAAAGGGGAGAAUGGGUGUUUGCUAUGGUUUGGAAAUCUUAAUGAUAUGGAAGAGUUGACUCCGUCUCUCCAAAAUAUCUAUAUAAGAAUGGCUGCUACGGAAUUAGGUACAGUAAGUGGCCACCAUAACGAAGAAAUAGAAUUACCGUUGUUUGAUAUGUCCACAAUUAUUUCUGCAACCAAUAAUUUUUCUGCUGACAACAUACUUGGAAAAGGUGGUUCUGGAUCAGUUUAUAAGGGUAUUUUAAAAGAUGGACAAGAAAUAGCUGUCAAGAAGCUUUCACGAAAUUCAAGUCGAAGACUCCAAGAGUUUAAAAAUGAAGCUAUGCACAUUGCCAAACUUCAGCAUAGAAAUUUAGUGAAGCUAUUAGGAUUCUGUAUUCAAGAAGAAGAAAGAUUGUUGGUUUAUGAAUUUAUGCGCAACAAAAGCUUGGACUUCUUCAUAUUCGAUUGUGAAAGAGGAAAACUAUUAGACUGGCGUAAGCGUUUUUUUAUAAUAAAUGGAAUUGUCAAAGGUCUUCUCUAUCUUCAUCAUGAUUCAAGGCAUAGAAUUAUUCACAGAGAUCUUAAGGCUGGAAAUAUUCUAUUAGAUGACGAAUUGAAUCCCAAAAUCUCAGACUUUGGACUAGCAAGAAGUUUCGUAGGAAAUGAAAAUGAAGAUAACACAAGCCAUAUCGCUGGAACUUAUGGCUAUUUGUCACCUGAAUACAUUAUUGACGGACUGUACUCAACGAAAUCCGAUGUCUAUAGCUUUGGUGUACUGGUAUUAGAAAUAGUCAGUGGAAAGAGAAAUAGAGGAUUCACCCAUGUGGAUCACCACCUUAAUCUUCUCGGUCAUGCAUGGACACUUUUCGCUGAAGGCAAGUGCUUAGAAAUGGUGGAUGUAAUGAUUAAAGACUCGAUUGAUUCACCAGAAGAAGUGAUAAGAUUAAUUCAUGUAGGUUUAUUAUGUGUUCAACGAAGACCAGAAGACCGGCCAAGCAUGUCCGAUGUGCUUAUGAUGCUAAGUAGUGAAGGGCCAUUGCCUCAACCAAAGAAGCCAGGGUUCUUUAUUGAGAGAGAUGUGGAUUUUGGUGAUUCUUCUUCAUCAAGGAAUGAUAAACUACUAUCAUCAGUUAAUCAUCUUACAGUUAGCGAUGUCAAUCCGCGGUAG